AUGGUCUUUGAGUCAAAGUUUCCCAAGGUUGACCCGCCCUCCACGGACGUGUUCAACUUCAUCUUCAACACUGCUCGAGAGAAGUAUCCCAAAGACAAAGUCUUAUACCGGGUCCACAACACAGGAGAGACUUUGACUCUGGGAGAACUUGAGAACAAGAGCUUGCGACUGGCUAGCGUUCUUGUAAAGAAGUAUGGAAUCAAGCCUAAUAAUGUCAUUGCAUUCUUAGCCAACAACUCAAUAAACUAUCCUAUUGCUUUUUUUGCAGCGCUGGCAGCUGGAGCUACAAUCUCCCCAAUUCCUGUUCAGCAAGGACUUGAUGCUCUGGCAAUUAUUCCCAGACUCGAACAAGCUGAUGCCAAGUUGAUCAUAACUGACUCCGGCCUGGCAUCUAUCACAAAGCCGGCAGCUGAAGCCUUCAAUGGGAUUCCUCUGAUCAGCCUCGAUGAUUCUUCUGACGGAAUCAGCAACAUUGAGGAUCUGCUGACUGAAGAAAAUGAGCUCUUCACUGGUUUCAGGCUCUCCACCCACGAGGAAACUGAGCAGCACUAUGCUUUCAUUUACCGUACCAGCGGAUCAUCGGGCAAUGUGAAGUCAUUCCUCACAACCCAUGCUCACUGGGCUGCCAAUUUACUCACCACUCGCCUGACCGUACCCUCCGACACAGAUCCGGAGAAAGAUGUUUGGCUGUCCUCUCUACCCUUCGCCUAUGGAAUUAACGCAAAGCUCAACCUUGGUCUGAACAUCCUCCUUGGUAUCCCAGUCAUAAUUCUUACUCAGCCUUUCGACCAAUCCACUUUUCAUCUCAUUGACAAAUAUGCCAUUACCUUCCUCUUCGUCACUCCACCUCUCGCAGCCCAGAUUGCAAAGUCUGAGAAGGUUGGGGUCACCUACAAGAGCAUCAAAUGGCUUCUAUCUGCUGGAGCUCCUGUUCACACAAAGAUUCGGGAUGCCGUUCAAGACAAAUUCAAUGGUGUUCGCCUAACUCUCGAAUGGGGAACGACAGAAACUCUCCUUAUCACCCUCCAGGUCGAUGAGGCCUCCUCUGUACCCGGAUCAAGUGGUACUCUUGUCCAUGGCUUCGAAGCAAGGGUUAUUGAUAUCGAGACUGGCAAGGACCUUGGCCACAACGAACAGGGAGAGAUCCUUGUGAGGAAUACACUUGCUCGCUUUGCCGGCUACAAGGACAAUGACGAGGCCAACAAGGACUUUGACGCUGAUGGCUGGUUCCACUCUGGUGACGUCGGCUACGUUGACGAGAACUCCAAUGUCUUUAUCGUUGACCGGCUGAAAGAGCUACUCCGUGUCGGCGAUGGCUACGGUACUCACGCUUCAGCGUCUGAGUUCGAGGCUAUCCUCUUUGAUCACCCCGCCGUAGCAACAGCUGUCGUAGUGGGUAUCCGCGACCAAGAGACGCAACAGGAGCAUCCUACGGCAUUUGUUGUGCUUCAGCCAGACGCGACACCAAGCCACGAUUUAAAGCCUGAGGAACGGUCUUCGGCUUUGGAUAACCUGGCUAAGGAGCUGGAGGGAUAUGUUGAGACAAAGCUGGGCAAGUUCAAGAGGCUCUCGGGUGGUGCAUUUUUCGUGGAGAAGUAUCCUUAUGUUGGUUAUAAGAUUAAUAAGAGGAGGCUGAAAGAGCUCGUGCAUGUUGGGCCGUUUUCGGGUAGCUUUGCACGAUGGAUUGAUGCCGCAGCUUAG